AUGUGGCGCUCGCUAAACUCCGUGAUUGGUUCUAAUAACCAGGGGGGCUCUCCUUUUCAAGUACAUGGCGGGAAACGUUUUGUAUCGGAGCCAAAAAGCGUAGCAACAAAAUUCAACAAGUUUUUUGCUGCCAUUGGCAGCAAAGUUGCUGGUCGAUUGCGCCCUGUGAGUAAGGACGCAUGGAAGAAAUAUGAAACAGUGAAAGAAGCAAACAAGCAGAGUAAUAUCAAAUCCACCUUGGACUUUCAACGGGUUGAACAGAACACUGUUCAAAGCAUUUUGCAUUCUUUGAAAGUUAAUAAGGCAGCUGGACUUGACAGAAUUCCAGCAAGGCUGCUAAAAGAUUCUGAGGCGGAGCUUGCUCCGUCAAUCACCUAUCUUGUGAACAAAUCAAUUAGCGAUGGUAUUGUCCCUGAUCUGUGGAAAGUUGCACGUGUUAUUCUUUUAUACAAGGCUAAUGAUAAACUGCAAGUUGAGAACUAUCGGCCUAUCUCUGUGUUGCCAGUAUCGAGUAAAGUCGUAGAAAGAGUGGUGCAUUCCCAGUUGAAUGCCAUCUACAUCAGCUAGAUUUUCUGUAUCAACAUCAGUAUGGCUUUAGGCGUGGGCAUAGCACUGAACAAGCUAUCACACAAUUGA